AUGCCUCAGGAUAUGCCGCCGACCGGCGGCUACGAGCCCGUCCAAUAUCGCCGCAACUUGCCCGUCCGCGGCUUCCGUCCCGCCUACUAUCUUCUCGGCGUCGCUGGCAUCAUGACAUAUGGCUUCUGGCGCGUUGGUCAGGGAAUCCGCGAGCACAACGAACUGGCACGGGAGAAGAUGUGGUCACGCAUCCACCUGAUUCCUCUCCUGCAAGCCGAAGAGGACCGCGAUGUGGUGAGGAGGCAUUAUGGGCAGCAGAAGAUGGAGGAGGAGCUGCUAGGAAAGAGCCAGAGUGUUUACCAUGGAGACCGGUUUGUGCGACCGACAUAUGCUGUUACGCCUGCGAAUACGACGAAAUAG